AUGGCCGACAAACUCACUCGUGUGGCUAUUGUCAAUAGCGACAAGUGCAAGCCAAAGAAAUGUCGUCAGGAAUGCAAGAAAUCCUGCCCUGUUGUCAAGAGCGGCAAGCUCUGUAUCGAGGUCACCCCCGAGUCGCGAAUCGCCUAUAUCUCUGAGCCCCUCUGUAUUGGUUGCGGUAUCUGUCCGAAGAAGUGUCCCUUUGGUGCCAUCACCAUUAUCAACCUUCCCACCAACCUCGAGACCCAGCUUACCCACCGAUACUCCGCCAACAGCUUCAAGCUGCACCGUCUCCCCACCCCUCGUCCCGGCAACGUCCUUGGCCUUGUCGGAACCAACGGUAUCGGAAAGAGUACUGCCCUCAAGAUUCUCAGCGGGAAGUUGAAGCCAAACCUUGGUCGCUUCGAUAACCCACCGGACUGGGAGGAUGUCAUUAAGUACUUCCGAGGAUCCGAGCUCCAGAACUACUUCACCAAGCUCCUCGAAGAUGACCUCAGGGCCAUUGUCAAGCCUCAAUAUGUCGACCAGAUUCCCAAGUCCAUUCGCGGUCCGAACAAGACUGUCCGAUCCCUCCUCACUUCCCGAGCGACUCUCGGUAACCUAGAGGAAGUCUGCGACACUCUCGAGCUCAACCAUAUUCUGGAUCGUGAGGUUCAGCUUCUUUCUGGUGGAGAACUUCAGCGAUUCGCCAUUGGUACCGUCUGCGUCCAGAAAGCCGAUGUCUACAUGUUUGACGAGCCGUCUUCGUACCUCGAUGUCAAGCAACGAUUGAGCGCCGCCCGAAUCAUCCGAUCGCUUCUUCGGCCGGACGACUACGUUAUCGUCGUCGAGCACGAUUUGUCCGUCCUCGACUACCUUUCCGACUAUGUAUGUGUGCUCUACGGUCAGCCUGCUGUCUAUGGUGUUGUGACGCUGCCCCACUCCGUUCGCGAGGGUAUCAACAUCUUCCUCGACGGUCACAUCCCCACCGAGAACCUUCGAUUCCGUGAGGAGUCCCUCACUUUCCGCAUUGCCGAAGGUACCGAUGAUCUGUACGCCGACAAGUCUCGCUCGUUCAGCUACCCCUCGAUGUUGAAGACGCUUGGUAACUUCAAGCUCCGCAUCGAUGCUGGUACCUUCACCGACUCCGAGAUUAUUGUCAUGAUGGGCGAGAACGGUACCGGAAAGACCACCUUCUGCCGACUGCUCGCCGGUGCCUUGAAGCCCGACAGCAAGGCUAGCGUUCCCGAGAUGUCCAUCAGCAUGAAGCCCCAGACCAUCACUCCCAAGUUUGAUGGCACCGUCCGCCAGCUCUUCUUCAAGAAGAUCAGGUCCAUGUUCUUGUCCCCCCAGUUCCAGACCGACGUCGUCAAGCCCCUGAAGCUUGAUGAUUUCAUCGACCAGGAAGUCAAGAACCUGUCCGGUGGUGAAUUGCAGCGCGUCGCCAUCGUUCUGGCCCUCGGUAUCCCCGCCGACAUUUACCUCAUCGACGAGCCCUCCGCCUACCUGGACUCCGAGCAGCGUAUCAUUGCCGCCCGCGUCAUCAAGCGAUUCAUCAUGCACGCCAAGAAGACCGCCUUCAUCGUCGAGCACGAUUUCAUCAUGGCCACCUAUCUCGCCGACCGAGUCAUCGUCUUCGACGGCCAGCCCGGUAUCAACUCUCAUGCCAACAAGCCCGAGUCUCUCCUGACCGGCUGCAACACCUUCUUGAAGAACCUCGACGUUACCUUCCGUCGCGAUCCUGGAAACUACCGCCCCCGCAUCAACAAGAACAACUCUCAGCUCGACCAAGAGCAGAAGAGCAGCGGCAACUUCUUCUUCAUGGACGACGGUCCCAAGCGCAGUUGA